CACAUGCAUGGGCCCAGGCAGGCGAUGCAUGUGCUCUCCCUUGCUCUCCCCCCCCCUCCUGAGCCUGCACAUUUCGUGCAUUCAACAAAGCCUCUGACCUUAGCACGAGGCGGUGUGGAGAGAGAGAGAGAGGGAGAGAGAGGGAGAGAGAGAGCGGGGUGAGAGCAGAGGAGAGGUGACAGCUCUUAGUCAUAGACCAAUGCAAUACUAACUCUCCCCCAGACAGACAGAGGAGCAUCGGAAGGGAUGAUAAGAAGACUCCGUCCUCAUCUGGAGCAGGACGAUUUACCAACCAGAAAGUCUGAGCACUCAUUUAUGCCUAUACAGCAGUUGUUUUUCCCAGAAGGAUGCUUUUGGAAAACUCCAGGAAUGAAGUUCCCUUUGUCUUAUCCAUGGAGGCAAGAAAUCAAGGGCUCUGCCUGGUUGAGAGAUUUUGUUUGCACAUUUUAAUGCUACAGGAUCUGCAUUGAAGUGCCCAAUUGAUCACUCCCCACCAUGCCUCUGUUCAGCUGGAUGAAAUGGUCCCGUGAAGCAGAAGAGCCAGUGAAGGAUGAGGGGCCGUGCCUGCGGAGCCCGGGGGCAGCGGCCGGCCACAUGUUGCUCAGAGAGCUGCUGUGGCAUGUGGAGGAGCGAGAGCGCCUCGCUCGGCGGCUGGAGCGCGAGCAUCGCCUGGCCCUGGGCCUCCGGUGGUUCCAGAAGUACCCCAGGCUGCGGACGCUGAUCCCCGCGGCCGAACUCCUGCACCUCGAGGGCCUGUGCUCUCGGGUCCCCCCGACCCACGCCGCCGCCGUUCUCUCCAGGUUACGCGAGGCGCUGGCCACCGACCGCGUUCUGCCCUGGGAGCCAGUGUUGGUCUUCAAGCAGGUGUUGGGAGACUUCCUCAGCAGACAAGAAUUGGAGGGAGUGGAGCAUUCGGGGCCCCAAGCCGAGCUCCGACCCACGGAGGCAUGGACCGACCGCUACCAAGUGAAGCGUGGCCACAUCACUCCUACCGCGCUGACAUGCACCGAGCCGGCGAGGGAGGAGAUCCCCACCAUCUCUGGAUAUGUGGACCGGGCCAUGCAGCGCUCUGACUCUUUAGCUGGCUACAGGGACUGGGGUGUUCCUCUACACUUCCCAGUUCCUGUGAGGGCCACAGUAGGAUAUAGCACUACGAUUUGAAAGGGGAAACGAUUCCCACAAAGAAACUCUGGGACAUGAAGUCCAAUCCCGGGGUGUCCUGAAACCAUGCAUGCUACUUUUUAGAUUGGGUACGUCUUCCCCUUCAGCUUUAAACCGAGAUGCAUGAGAUGGAGCCUUGAAUGAACAUUGACCCCAUGCCAUGGUCAAAAACGUUAUUUUUCACUUAAAUGUGCAACAAAUGAACGUCCAAUUAAAGUUACAUUAUAGGGAAUGUGAAGUCACGUUUCUCCGGCUACAUUCUCGUGAGACAGAACCAACAGGAGUAGUAUGUGAUUUGGUUAUAGGCUGAACUUUCAGUAGUAUUUGGGUGGAAUAAACCUGAACUCAAACUACGUUAACCGAGUACUUGGAGAAAUUAAUAUUUUAAUCUUUCAAAAACACUCCUAGAACUAGAAGUGAAGACUAAUCGAACAACUUAGGCAGAAACCUAUCAACCGUUCACCACCAAUUUAUCUCCAUAAUGAUAAUUUUUUUCACAAUAACUAAACAAUUAACCAAAAAACAUGACCAGGCACGCCGCAACGGUCCAUGCUCACUGCUUCCAAAAAUGGAGGUCCUCGCUCUGUGCCGUCGCGCUGUACAAGCCCAUUAAUCGUGACUAAUCAAGUCCAAGAACUGGACCGUCAUUAUGAAAUAAAAUGUUGCUUUGGCUUGUGUCGUUGUUUUAUUACAUAACGGAUUUCAUAAUACAUUAGGGAACUUUUGUUAAAGAAAAAUUAGUGGUUCAAAUUUUUGAUAGGCCUAGUCGGGCAACACGUGCUACGUGCGAGGUCACAUUUUUCGUUAGAAAGUACAUUUUGAGCAAUGAAUUUCAGCCUACAAUAACUAGGCAAGAUAUCCCUGCAACUAAAUUACCGUUAAACCCGAGCUGGGUGUAACUCAUAGGCCUACAACUAAACUUAACUCACCAAUUCCGUACUGGUGAUGUCGUCUCCGGCUUUUCUGUGACUUCAUCUGUAAUUCUGAUAUUGGUGAACUGGGACCCAAAUGUAAACCACUCUGUAAUCUGCUCUGGUGUAAUAGAACUCUUCAUAUUUAACUUGAUGAAAUAAAUUGAAUGAAACACUUGUUACAGCACGGGGGACUAACUCCAAUGACCUUCGAUGUCGAAUUUCCAAUGCAGCUCACUUCGCCACGUCGUGGUUGGAUGAUGUCAUGGAAAGUUUAACCGCGACUUCUAUCUAUUUCAUGUCGAUUGCGUUUUCAAUUAAAAUAGUCAAUAAUUCAUUAUGGAAUUUAUUUAAAACGGCAUUGUUUAAAGAAAUAAAAAAUAUUACAAACUUGAAAUUCAUGGCCUCCUGUCCAGGCACUUUCACAGUUACAAUAAAACGCUGUACAGUUAAUUAGUUCCAGAAAUAAAAAAAAAGGCACCAGCAAAAGUACUACUACAGUUUAGGCUAUUGAGAGAGUACUAGAGCCAUGAAAACACCAUUUGAAUAGUUCAAGGCAAUAGGCGUAUGAGGUCAAAUGCUUUUGAUCCUGGCAGCAUUGUAUUGAACAGUUGUGUGUCUUUAGAAAAGAGUGUGAAGGACUGCUGCACGAGUCCAGACCGUUUCCACUGGAGAGCUUCACACGCCGUCCCGUAAUAAGACUAUUUGAGAGCGGAGGAUUUCGUUAUCCUGAGGGAAAAAGAUUUAGGCAUUUUUUAAUUGAUCGGAGUGCCAUCGUUGACAGUCAAAAACGAAGAAAACAACAAAUGGCAAAUAGUCCUCACCUCUUGAAGUUUGGAGUUCUCCUUUUUCAGCUUCACCAGAUACUCUAUCCUCUGCUUGUGGUUCUUGUGGCCAACUAGUUUGCCGUUCUCUUCUGACAAGUGGUCCACUUGUUUGCGGAGAACCUCAACCUCCUGUGUGGGACACAGAGUUAGGAAACUGAAAUCCCCCAAGCCCGGUCUUGAUAUACAACACCAAACCAACAGUGUUCUUACAUUGAGGAGCUUCUCUUGUUCCUGCUCCCUCAGGCUCAGCUCUCUCAGCUCCAGACAGCGGUUCCUCAGUUCACUGGUGAGCUCCUGCACACAGGUCUGAGACUGGGCCAGCAUGGACUCCUGGGCCUGCAGUCUAACCAACAUCAACAAACCCCAUCAAUGAGAACACACGCUGGGAAAGACUGGUUCAUCCAACACUUGCUGACAUUUAUGUUUAACAAGACUCGUCAGAACCAGACUUGUGUUUACCUUUUCUGGGCUUCACAGAGCUUCUGUGUUGCGUUGCUCUGUGGAUGAGACACGGCAACAAACCAUGAGUAAGGAGAGACGGCAUAACAAGCAAAGAGCUGCUCAAUUGAACCGACAGACAUACCUUCUCAGCCCUCUCCUCCUGCAGCUCUCUGAGCAUGGUCUGUUUGAUGGCUUCAUUCAGUAGCUCACUGCAGAACAAAACACAAUAAUAAAACGUUUGCUCCGUUGAUCUUCAUGACCACCUGAUGUGUGCUCGAUGGAAAAUGGUUCACAGCACGACGACUGACCCCGCGUCGUUCCCGUUCUGCUCAGACUGCUCCUGCUUUUUGUAGAACAGCUCCAGCAGAGACUGGAUCUCGUUCAGCUGGGUCUAUGGAAGGGGAAGCAGGAGGAAGAUCCAGACUCAGAACUGGAAUUCAAUCACUGAACUUCCCAGGGCCGUGUCCGUCUGCCCUUACAUAAAGUGCAUCCAGGGGAAGGAAAAAAAGGCAUCUUUGCCCGUGACACCCGGAACAUUUAGCACUCGGCACAUGAAGUGGUGAACUGGUGUCAAUGCAUGAACUCAAAUAGAUUGUGAGGGAACACGCUGUAGCCUCGUUGACCUGUUCAUGAGUUCCUAUUUCUUCGCUGUUGUUCUGCAAUUACAAAUUUAAUGUUGAUUGUUUUCCAGCUGAAACGUUGUUUUUAAUGCCGAUGCUAUGUGUAUCUCAAUUGUUUUUCUCUCGUCUAAUAAAAGGUUAAAUACAGGUAAAAAAAAAAA